UUUUUAUAUCUUUUUCACAACUACAUUUAUUUAACAUCAUCAAUCAAAUUAAAAAUCAAUGAGAACUUUAACAUCCAAAAAAUUAAAUAAUUAUUCUAAUUAAAUGAUGUGGACUCAUUAUAGCCCUAUAACUAAAGUAUACCCAUUAUAGCGCUUUAUCUGUAUCCUCUUAAUGUGAAUCAUAAAAGCCUGAAUUAUACACACAGGACAGAGUCAGGUUCAAAUGCAAGAUAAACAUGGGCUUGUACAGUAGCUCCACACUCACAGAACCAACCAGUAGCGUUGGGUAAAUAUACUAUAAACUGGAUAAACUCAGAGAUUUGAUUAAAAAGGUGUGUUUGUGUAGAUUACUGUAUAGUCUCCCGGACUCUAAUGUUGUUUCUAUCGAUCCUGCUGUCGAAGAAAAAUGUAGAACAAUAAUCAGCCGUAAAGAGAGAAAACUGUAUAAAUGAUAAUCAUAAAAACAAACAUUCUUAAGACACAUUUUGUCCUGUUGAAUAACUUGUGUUAUUCUGCACCUCAGCUGUACGUAGACAUCCUCCAACUGCCAACUCCUGUUUUUAUGAAAAGCCCUUUGCACAAUAUUUGUGAUUCAGUGAACUCAGUUGUUUGAUUAGUAAAGCUGCUGAUGGGAAACAUGUCAAACAUGAUGGACUAUGAAACACUGCAUGUGUAUUGAUUACCAGCCACAAAGUAAUGAUCUUCCCCAUUACCUGCUACUGUAACAUUACAGUAUGUAACAGAUACAUAGCUGUCAAAGUUACAUCAGAUAAACGUCUUGUUACUGUGAAAAAACACAUUCAUUAAUGAACCCCUGUGAGAUUUAAUUAAAUGAUCUGUUAUUAACUGUCUCACACAAUAAUUAAUCCCCGGACAAUUACCACAUGUCAGCUAAUGAUGAGAAUAUUUUUAUUUGCUAAUGAAGGUUGUUUACCACCAAAGCUGUGUACGACACGGCAGACUGUAAAUAUUUAUUGGUAUAUUUAUAUAUUAUUGUCUAAUAAUAGUGUCGGUGUAUGAAACAUUUUAAUAAUUUGGUGUAACAGCCUGACAACACAGAAUCUGCUAAAAGUGUAUUUUUAUUAUUUUCAUUUAUUUUUUAUUAUUAUUUUUUAACAAUGUAGUAUUUUGGGUUGAUGUGUUGUUAGUAUGUCAAAAGACUAAAUCACAUUUCAAGUGAAUUGUUGCACCUUAUUUUUUGACACUUCUCAUUAUGCUGGCUUUGGAAACAAAGUGGCCUCUGGGAAGAACAACCCACUAAACACUCACAACACGCAGUUUGGACAUGUGGACUAAUCAUCCCACCCAGGAGAAAUGGACAUAAUUGAGCCUUUAGGUGCUUUGAUAAAUGAUUUGGUCAUUCAAUUACUUUAGGUUUUUUCUCUGUCCAGUGUAUGUCCUGUGUGAUAUGUUGUGCUUUGUUGGUUUUAUUCCAACAUUAACACAAAUUUAAAGCUCAAUUCUGUCCAAUAGUUUGCUCACAAUGAUUAAACAUAUGAAUACAGUUCUUGACUGAUGACUGUCAACCUUCAGCAGCCAUAAGUGACACCUCUGCUUGGAACUUGUUUCAACACUAUUGAAAUGCUAUUAAAGGUGUUUUCAUAUAAGACAGAACAAGGUUUUUAAUCAGAUUAUUGGAUAUGAUUAACUCAAUAGAAUACUCUAGCCUCUAUGGGCACCCAUCCAUUUUCCUGUUCCAGUGACCUGCCCUCUGCCUGUUUCUUACUGCCUCACGUAACCGUGAAGCCUGUCGCAUGCUGGGACAGCUUGUUAGAUCGUAUGCUACAUAACCCAUUCGCACUCUUACAGUAUAGGUCCCCUGUUGGUGCAGUGACGCCAGUGUCAUCAACAUGAAAAUAAAAAAGGGGGAUGUUGAGUUGAUGAGCCAUCGUUUCCACCACCACAGGCAAAGGUUUUCAAGCACUAUGAGCAAAAUGGAAAGAAACACGACCUUCACAGGUGAUAUCCUACAGGUCCAAGGUUUUGACAUAUCUCCUAAGUUCACAUACCCUGUGUUUGUCCUCCUGCUGCUGCUUUACUGUUCCCUGCUCUGUUCCAACAUUGGACUACUUGUACUGAUCAUCUUAGAGAAGAGUUUGCACCAGCCGAUGUACUUUCUGUUCUGCAACCUGUCGGUCAAUGAUGUGAUUGGCAACACUGUGGUGCUGCCUCAGCUGAUGGUCCACCUCAUUUCAUCACAAAGCUUGAUUACCUACAACCAGUGUGUGGUACAGGUGUUUUACAGCCACACCUGUGGUUCUGCUUCACACUUGAUCCUCAUCAUUAUGGCGAUAGACAGAUAUGUGGCCAUAUGUCACCCCUUAAAGUACAGCGCUAUCAUGACCAGCAGAACAGUGGUCAGGCUGUCAGUAAGCGCAUGGGGAGCAUCGCUAGUGCUCGUGUCGGUCUUGAUUGGUCUGACAGUGAGGCUGUCACGCUGCAGGUCAGUUAUACAGAAUGCUUAUUGUGACAAUGCAUCACUGUUUAAGCUUUCCUGUGAGGAUGUGUCCAUUAACAAUGUCUAUGGGCUCUGUUUUACUGUGUUGCUGUUUACCUGCUCCAUAGGAAGCAUAGCUGUCACUUACAUUCGAAUAGCUCUCAUCUGCUGGAUGAAGAAAAGCCAAGAGCUGAAUAACAAAGCAAUGCAAACCUGUGCGAGUCACCUCGUUGUGUACCUCAUCAUGCUCUGGUCGGGUUGUAUAACUAUCAUUUUGCACCGGUUCCCAGAAUACCCAGAGUUGAGAAAGAUGUCUUAUAUUUUAUUUCUUGUUGUCCCAGCUAAUAUAAAUCCAGUCAUUUAUGGAAUGCAGACAAGAUUAUUAAGGGAUAAGCUUGUCCAGAUACUGCAAAGAAAAGUGGUUACAGCCUGACGUUUGCUGUACUGUGAUCACACAGAUGUGUAUUAAACCCUGUGCAUAUCUAAAACAUAAAUGUUUUCUCUUCUGCUCACUCAUGUAUUUCUAUUAUAUUUGUGAAAAAUGUGUUUUAAUACUUUUUAAAAAUUCUUUCAUUCGUUUUUAAAAUUUUGUCUUGCAAAUUAGUUAUUUCGUUAAAACUCCACAGAAACUACUAAGUUAUGAUUACCAGAAAUGAAGUGGACUGAGUCCUUCCUGCUGCCUGUGUGCUGGAGGACCAUUGUGCUCUCCCAGCAUUGGUCAUAUUGCUUAAGUUUUUAGUAUUAGAACAUUUUUAAAAAUUUAAAGACUUGCAUUUCCAAAACAUUCCUUGUAACAAUUAAUCUCUUUUUUACCAAUUACAUUAGAGUAUGUCUAUUCUGUACAUGUACUGUAUGCAUACACUGGUCUACACAGUGAGGGGUGGAAAGUAUGGUAAACGUCCUCGUAGCAUAUUACAUCAUGGGCUCAUUAAACACAAUCCUUAAAAAGGA